UCUCCUCUCUUCACUUCCCAGCUCCCCUCCCUCUAACCGCCCACUGUACACACUAUCGCGCUCGCGCGCACACGCACGGGCAGUGGAAGUGGGUGCUCGUGUAGCUGCUGGAAGCCAGGAUGGGAUAAUCAUGCGCGUCUGGCUCCGGGCGUUGAUGCAGUUGCCGAUGCUGGAUAGGGACUGGUCUCGGGGCGCAGGGUGGGUCUAGGUGCAGGCCACGGUGCUGCUUGGACCGCGUCUGGAUGUUUGUCAGGCCAAUCCGAGGAAGACUGUAGGGCGAUGGCCGCGAGAGGUGUUGGUGCUGCAGCUCUUUGAAACGUUCUCGCCUGAUGGAGGACGGGAUUCACCGGCACUGAAGCGCAGAGCGGGGUCUGGAGGAACUUGGGGGGGAAAAGAGGGAAGAGGGCACCGAGGCUUCCCCCUCUUAGAGGAUACAAAAAAAAAAAGAAAAAAAAAAGAGAGACGCAUUUCAUGAUUUUUCUUCGGGUGAUGUUAAUUUGAACGUUGGAAUAGAGGUGGACGGGGAGGGGGAGAAACGGAGCUAGAGCAGCGGAUUCCUUUCGAAUCGGCAAUUAAGGAGCGGACAGCCUCUGUGGAGCCGCAUCCGUCCGACCGACCGACCGACCGACCGGGGUGGUGGUGGUGGUGGGGGACCUUACUUGGAUGGAGAGAGGGUGCAGGGAAGGCUGAGAGAGAACGGCUCGCCGUGUGUAGGAGGAGGAGGAGACGGAGGGACAACCGGGCAGUUUGAAGGGACGGGGGAGCCAGGAGCGGCGCGGCGGCUCCAUGAGCGGCUCCUGCCGGGAGAGAGCGCCCACAGCCCAGCCGGAGCGUCUCCACUGCCGCGGGUAGAAGCCCGGGCUCCAAGACGGCGGUCAGUUUUGGAAGUUUUGAUGCAUAUGAUCACAACCACCAUGAUUUUUAUGAUUCUUGGUGCUUCAGUUGUAAUGGCGAUAGCCUGUUUAAUGGACAUGAACGCACUACUGGACCGCUUUCACAACUACAUCCUACCGCAUCUACGAGGGGAGGACCGCGUCUGUCACUGCAACUGUGGAAGGCAUCAUGUUCACUACGUAAUCCCGUACGAUGGGGACCACUCCUUAGUGGACUCUUCAGAGAACUACUUUGUGAGUGACAGUGUGACCAAGCAGGAGAUGGACUUGAUGUUGGGUCUGCUGUUGGGUUUCUGCAUCAGCUGGCUGCUGCUGUGGCUUGACGGAGUCCUGCACUGUGCCGUCAGGGCCUGGAGGGCGAGCCGGUACUACGAUACUCCAUCCUGGUCGUGGUUACCGCAGUUCUGCAACCUCCGAGACCUCCGUCGCCGAGCCCAGCUAAGACAGCUGGAGGACUCCAGCGGCAACAUGGUCCACAUCAAGCAGAAGCUCUACCACAAUGGCCACCCCAGUCCUCGACACCUCUGACUCUAAAAAUCACAAAGAGAGAGAGAGAGAGAGAGAAAACAUAAAUAAGAAUGAAAAUGCAGAUCUUCCCCUUGAAUCUCAUACAUUUUAAAACACCUCCACUCGUUCUUGCCAAAACUUUCCCCACGGCCAAACUUUGCCUCAGAGACCUGUAAAACUGCCCCCCCCCCCCCGCCCCUCUCUGUUCAUGAUGUGGUCCUCUUUCAGAACCUUCCAACUGGACUUUCUUUUGACCCUGAACCUUUCUCUGUCAGCACUAAAAAAAAAAAAAUUUGAAAAAAUCCCAAAAUGGAAUGAGAUUUUACUCUCUUCCCACUAAAAACCUGGUCUUAAGUCUGUGUCCUCUACCGUGGGAGGAAGAAAACAUUUUUAAGGGUGGUCUUUUUUUUCUGUAUAAAGACAUUUUCUGUGUUUAUUGUUAAACUUGGCAUGCUCUUUUAGAACAGGGUGGGAAGAGUAUGAAAUGAGGAGGUGAGACUGGGUUUUCUUUUUGUUUUCCUCUAUCAGAUGGGGCUUUAUUGGUUAUGACAGGCAGGUUUGUGGUUUGUUUUGUGAUGGUUAGACUGCUGCUUCUGUAAAUAGGUAAAAAUACAGAAUUUAACAGGCCAGUGGGGGGGCUUUUUGUGUGAGUUGUUCAUUGGUGGAAAACUUGGACACUUGGACUGCGUGAGUGAACGUUAGAGGAAGAAGGAACUGGAAAUUGGAUGUGAAACAAUGUGAUUUCUGCUAAAAACACAGAUUAAUUAGCUUUGUUACUUAGUGAAUUAACUGAAUGUAUUAAUUUCCCCCCCCCCCCU